AUGGCUGUGCUUUUUCCCAAAAAGGUUCCCGCCUUUUCCCGUGCCUUAGGUGAAGUGGAUGAUGCCUUCGAUGAAGAACCCAGCUUUUUGAACAAUAUUCAUACAAGUCUCUCAUUUGAAGAGCUACAAAAUGUUCCUGAAAUGAUAAAUAAUGUUAUCAUAGGUAUCGGCGACAUCUGCUGUGAGUUUCUCACGUGUCAUUGUCAGUGCGCAAACAUGUCUAAGGUGAAAAUUAUCAAGUUUACUCCGCCGGAAAGCCCAGUGGUUGAAUGCACAGCUUUUCUCUGUGAAUCUUCAAUUAUCGUCUGGCUUUGUCACACAAAAGAAGAUGACAAUGUCUUUGGAUUGUCUAAUUUGGUGGAAAGUCUUUUGUCAAGUUUCUCUGUGAAUGAACAUUGCGCCUUCUACAUUUUUUCCUCAGAGUAUUCACACCGUUCUCAGUUUCCAUCUUUUGCCCCGAAGCUCCGAAGCCCCUUUGUCAGAAAGUUACACACUUCUCGCUUUGAAUGCCGCCAUGUGGAUCAGAAUAUUCCAAUGCUCGAACAACCCAACGUUAUCUCAGGUUUUGCGGGUGAACUAUUGAGUAGACUUACUUAUCGGCGUUAUGCUGGUUGCCUGUACAUACUCUUUUAUGAUGCCUCCUUUCCACUUUCAAACGCGGCUAUCUUCUCGGCCAUCGGGCACUGUGUCAUAUCGCUGCCAGGUUUGAAACACCUUCAGCCACCGGAUUCUUCACGCUUUUUGGAAUCUGGUAGAGCAAACAUGUCCCAUGGUCAACUAUACAUAUAG